UGAUCUUAUAACUUUCCAUCAGUGUGAUGUAUGUUAUGAGAUUUUUCAACAAUAUGAUGAUUUAGAAAAGCACAAUAAGAUGCAUGGUAAAGAAGAGAAAACUGAUGAUGUAGAUGGAUAUUAUCAUGUUAAAGAAGAGAAAACUGAUGAUAUUGAAACUGUUUAUCAGUGUAAUUUAUGUGAUGAAGAAUUUAAAUUAGAAACUGAUUUAGAAAAACACUGUGAAAUACAUGUUAGUCAGCAAGGGCAAAGAAGACAAAAACCAUAUCAAUGUGAUAUUUGUGAUAAAUCAUUUUCAGUGAAUAGUGCUCUACACAUACACACAAGGGUUCAUACUGGUGAAAAACCUUAUAAAUGUGAUGUUUGUAGUAAAUCAUUCACACAGGCUGGAAGCCUACAGAAGCACAUGAAAAUUCAUACUGGCGAAAAACCCCAUAAAUGUGAUGUUUGUGAUAAAUCUUUUAUACGGAGGGAAGGCCUACAAAAGCACAUAAGAAUUCAUACUGGUGUAAAACCAUAUAAAUGUGAUUUUUGUAGUAAAUAUUUUGCCCUUAGUAGUUCUCUACGGCAGCACAUGAGAAUUCAUACAGGUGAAAAACCUUAUAAAUGUGAUGUUUGUAGUAAAUCAUUCACACAGGGUGGAAGCCUACAGAAGCACAUGAAAAUUCAUACUGGCGAAAAAACCCAUAAAUGUGAUGUUUGUGAUAAAUCUUUUAUACGGAGGGAAGGCCUACAAAAGCACAUAAGAAUUCAUACUGUCGAAAAACCAUAUAAAUGUGAUUUUUGUGGAAAAUAUUUUGCCCUUAGUAGUUCUCUACAGCAGCACAGGAGUACACAUACUGGUGGAAAACCUUAUAAAUGUGAUGUUUGUAGUAAAUCAUUCACCUAUAGCCAUCAUUUGAAGGAACACAUGAGAAUUCAUACUGGUGAAAAACGAUAUAAAUGUGAUGUUUGUAGUAAAUCAUUUACUCAUAGUAGUACUCUACAAUCACACAUAAGAAUUCACACAGGUGAAAAACCAUAUAAAUGUGAUGUUUGUGGUAAAUCAUUUAGACAGCGUAGUAAUCUGAAAAUACACAAGAUAAGAUUUCAUACUGGUGAACAAGCAGUUGAUAUUCAGGAAUCUUAAACAUGCAUUAUGCUAGAGCUAAAUUUUCCUAUUGUAGGUGGGGGUUGGAUGGCUGAAUGGUAAGCAUGUGCGCGCUGUAUCAUAAGGUCUGUUAUUGAGUCAACUGGUGUGGUUUGGAUUCACUAGUUGUACGUUGUAAGGAGUAGGGUCGCCUGUCCUACCUCGUGGGUUUUCUCAGGGUCCUCCGGUUUCCUCCUACUGCUAAAGAUCCCUUUGGCAAGCGAAUUGUUGAAAUAAAAUUGAACCAUGUGUUAGUCUCUCUUGGAAUUUGAUGAAAGAGUAGGCCAUAGUGUCGCUGCCUGGGAAAAAAUUUCCCUCAUAGCAGACUGUAUGGCGUAUGACCAUUUUCAUUAGCCCAGUAUAGGAGCAGAAUAGUAGGACGUUAAACCCCAUUUAAUUUCAUUUCAUCGAUUGUUUUCAUUAGCCCAGUAUAGGAGCAGAACAGUAGGAUGUUAUACCCCAGUUCAUUUCUAUAUACUAUUAGUGUUUGUGCUCUUAAACCAUGUAUUGUAUCAUCAAAUCACCCAUUUUGUACUUGGGAAUGUGUUUUUAAAGAUGGGUUACCAGAAAAGUAUUUAUUGGAUGGUUAUUUCCAAUAAAAGUAUGGUAAUUUUCGUAUAUAUGGAAAGUAGAGAUAUCUUACUAGAAAAAUACUGUAUUCCCCGAAAAACACUCAUGGAGCGUAUACAGGACAAAAAUGUAAGGGUUCCCCUAAUCAACAGCCAGACGAUUAGGAAUUUCUGCACGCGUGAUGUCAAAGGACACACGCGAACAUUGAGCGCUUGAUGUACAAGUUGAUAAACUUUAUGAAGAGUUAGACUUACAACACUUUCUGAGAUAAAAAUGACGGAAAAAGACGCGGGUAGUGGAUAAUCCGAGAAUUUAAUUAGGAUUCGAUAUUUGUAAUAAAUAGUCGGCGAUUAAAGACAACAUCGUCUUAGUAUGCAAUGAAUUCUCCUUUGACUUACAAGAGAGGUAAGUCGCGUGACGUAAACAUGACCUGGUUUGAUAGAAUUUUUAUAGCAGGACAUUCCUUCGCAAUUACAAUGUUUGAGAAGGAUUUGACGCAAAGUUAUGACAAAUUAAUUAGUUUGAAUAUGGUUUUAGUCCAUAUAUACCAUUAAAUCACCCAGUUUGUACAGGGGAAUGUAUCUUUAACCUAUUGUAUAUUGUUUGUAUGUAGAUGAAUACAAGAAUAUAAAUCUGUGAUCUAGAGCCAUGUAUUAAUUUGUUGUAUAUUGUAUCCAAUGUAUUAAAGAUUCAGUGUGUAUUGUAUCUAACUUGGUGUACAUUGUAUCCAAUUUGUUUGUAUUUAGAUGAAUAAAAUAUUAUUGAA